CCGCCGUCCUUCAUGUAACGGACGAUCCUGGAGCUGUGGACCGGGUGGUUCUGGGCCUCCUCUGGGCCGGACUGGAACUGGAUGUCGGAGGAGCAGAGGGUCAGGACAGUUCCGACCAGCAGGGCAGCACUCACAGCCGCGCGCUACAUCUGACUUCCGGUUGGUGUUUCCACCAUGUGAGAGAUGGCUUCGCCAGCUCAGGAGUCAACUCUGAUCGGUUUGUGUGAUGGCGCCGUGGACCCAAAGAGACAUCAGUCAUCGUUUCUGACCAACAAAGUCGGCGGUCAGCCGGACUGGCAGCCCGUCCUCCGCCGCCAGUUUCCCCGCUGUGCUCGCUGCGGAGCUCCGUUAGCCCAUGUGGUGCAGGUAUACUGCCCCCUGGAGGCCUCUCCCUACCACAGAAACCUCCACCUGUUUGCCUGCUCGGGUGCCGACUGCAGUGGGCGGUCGGAAUCCUGGAAGGCGCUGCGGUCUCAGUGUUUGGAGUCGGAGGUGGAACCCAGCAAGGUCGCGCCGGCUCAGGAGGCUUCUCUGUCGGCUAGUGACUGGUGCGACAGCGCCGAUGAUUGGGGGGCGGAGGAGGGAGGUGACGGAUGGGGAGGAGUGAAGCCCAACAGACGGGUUGAGGACGAGCCGCCAGCAGAAGAUCCAGCACACAGCGACAUGGACGUUGGGAGCAGACUUCAGGUCCUCCGUUUGGGUGAACCCCUUAUGGACACUUCCCUCCUCCGCUCGUUCUUCAUCAGUGUGCUGGACGAGUCCGAUCUGUUGGGAGAGGGCUACGACCUGGACCACGCUCAGGAGCUGCUGAGGGAGUACGAGAGCAGAGAGGGGGUGACAGUGGGGGAGCUGAACAGCAAGGAAGGCAGCGGUGGGGAGGAGAAAUACGAGAAGACCAGGGCCAAACACGGAGAUGCCGUCUUCUCCAGAUUCAUGAAGAACAUCUCACUGUGCCCACAGCAGAUCCUGCGCUACUGCCGCGGCGGGAAGCCGCUCUUCAUCUCUGAGCCACCAUCCAACAUGGCUCAGGUGGUGUCAGCGUGUGCUUCCUGUGGCGGCUCCAGGACCUUUGAGCUGCAGCUGAUGCCGGCUCUGGUCAGUCUGCUGCAGAGGACGGACGGCAGCGCACAGCUGGAGUUCGGGACCGUCCUGGUUUACACCUGCGCACAGAGCUGCUGGAAAGAAGGAUCGGCAUCAGCUGUGGAGGAGGUGUGCUUGGUUCAGACAGACCCGGACCAGCAGCUGUUUAAAUGACCGUUAAAGAGGAAACGUGAGUGCUGCAGGAGGAGAAAGAUCUGACUAUUAACAGACUAAAAUCCAGUGAGCGACUGUAUCAGUCAGAGUUGGAGCCACAGGUCUUGUAAUAACACGGCUACACAGAUAAAGCCCAGCUUGUUGCAGCCUGGAACGGGCCGUGACCUGGCACUGCCCCACUGUGGUCAGACACGUCCUCAAACGCUGGGGCACAUUCAUGACUUCAGCCCACGCUGCACAUUAGGCCCGUGUGCCUCAGCACAUUGACUCUAAUUACUUUUUGCCUUGUCUGCUUUGCUUGUUGCUAAGCAAGAAGACCUGCUCUGACCUUUGACCUCCCUUUAAUAAAACAAGAGUGCCUCAGA